CUUGUCUUUAAAUAUCUAAUUUUCAGAUAUUUGCAUUAUAACCACAUGAGGGAGAUUCCCUACGGAUUUUUUAAAGAGUUGAAGGAUAUAUUACGAGUGUAAGAUUUGAUGUGACGUAUUUGAUACAUUUACAGUUUAUUAGCUGAGCCAUAUGAAUAGAAAGCUUCUGGGGGUUCCUUUAAUUCAAAUAUUUACUAACCCAGAGCUUCAGGCAAAUCUAUGUGGUUUCUAUACUUUACUAAAUAUCUAUGGUCGGUAUUCUUACCCUAUUGACGACUUUUAUAACAACCUCCAUUUUGUUGGGUAAUACGCCUCACAAAGACUGCUAUUGCGCACUACAUUGCUUUAUAAUAUUUCAAGAAAAAUUUUCGAAGAUAUUCAAUGAAGAUUUAUAGUCACAAAAACCCCCAUAUGAGGAAAUGAAUUAUGAUGGACUGAUCUCGCGUUACCUUUGUGGCUUUAGGGUAUAGGCUUUUGGUUUUAUCUUUCACUUCAUCCUUAUGAACUGAAUAGCAUCAAAUUUUACGGUUGCAGGAGUUUGGACACAAAUCUGAUGUGUUGUCAUAUGCACAAGGAGGACGCUGAAUGUGCUUUCAUUGAUAACGACGACUUUGCCAACUGUGAGAGCAUGUUUAAGAAUUCUGCCCCGAGAAAGAGUAUCUGGGCGAUAGGAAUCUUUUCUCUGGUUGGUGCAGUGUUUGUUAUCACGUGGCGAGUAAUCUUUAAAGAAAAGAACGUGGUACAGUCUAUCAUGUUGCUCCACUUAGCAGUGUCCGAUGGUUUGAUGGGUAUUUACCUGGUCUCUAUUGGCACUAGAGAUCUGUUGUGGAGAGGAGAGUAUUACUUGCAUGACUUCCAGUGGAGGUCUGGUUUGUCUUGUCAAAUAAUUGGAGCGAUCUCCCUCCUGUCAAGUGAGGUGUCGGUUAUGAUGAUGACUCUGAUAUCUGCUGAUCGGCUUAAAAAUAUUGUGUUUCCCUAUCAGGGUGCUUCUCUGAAACCAAAGGCAACACAUAUCCUAUGCAUCAUCAUAUGGGCAAUUGGCUUCCUUAUGGCCUUUUUGCCCAUGUUUGGUAUUCAAUAUUUUGAAGACCCUUUCAGGUACCAUAGUUAUUAUGGUAGAAGUGUGGUAUGUCUGCCCUUGCAGCUUACUUCUGAUAAGCCGGCAGGUUGGGAGUAUUCUGUCGCUAUCUUUCUCGCUUUGAAUUUUGCUUUUUUCUUGUUCAUCAUGGGUGCUUAUCUCAUGAUACUAGUCAAGUCUUACUUGUCUAGCCGGCGACUGGCCCGUCAGGGUACUGAAAGAGAGAUCCAGGCCAGAAGAGCAAACUUUAGGAGGGAAACGGCUCUUGCAAGGCGGGUGUUUUUCAUCAUCCUAAGUGAUUGUGUGUGCUGGAUGCCGGUGAUAGUGAUUGGUAUGAGGACCAUCAUCGAGAAGUCUUACAAAGCGCAAGGAGACUUCGCUGUCUGGAUUGCUGUGUUUGUCCUUCCGAUCAACUCGGCCUUGAAUCCUAUCCUGUACACCUUUUCAACAGAACAGGUAGUUAUGCGCUUUUAAUCCAUUAUAAGUAAUCAAGAUAAUAAAUUAGAUCCGUAAGUAGAUUAAUAAUGGCUAGUUACAGGAAGGGUAAUGGUUUUCAGCCGAUUCGAAGCAGUGUAUAAUUUUGCUCAAGGCUGCUCUCUUUACCUGCAAUUGACAUUGAAAUGUUUUAAAGGCACUGCACAGGAGAAAUUCGUUAGUUUCUAUUUUGUCAUCGGAGCCCAGUUCAAGGAAGUGAGCGAAAUCUCGAUUACUUUUGGCUAUUGCGUUUCCAGGUCAGAGGCAUUCUGAAGAACAAAAUGGAAAAAGUUUGGAACUACUUGAAGACCGUUUUCACCUGCUGUGGUCGUGAUCAGGAAGGUGCGAUGUAAUUAUCACAUAUUUGAAGAAGUAAAAAUACAGCUAACAGCUCCUCAUAAGAAAUAAACCGAACAACAGUGUAAACUAAUAGAUUGCUGCAAAUAUAGUUUUUGACUGAUUCCUUCAGUCACUCGUUCAUAAAUCAAUUCACUCAUACAUGCAUGGAGGCAUUCAUUCAAUCAUUUAUUCACUCGUUCGCUCCUUCGUUCUUUUAUUGGUCGCUUCAUUUGUUGUACGAACUACUCGAUCAUUGACUUUUCUUCGUUUUUCUUCUUUAAAACGCCGAGGAGAUGGGGAGCAACCGAACCAACAGGGAAUAUAAGACAACGAACAACAAGGUGGCGAGGGGGGUAAAUCCUAACGCGUAUUUCUGGAAACAUGGUGAAAACUGUAAAUGAGGGAAAUAAAGGGCGAUCUGUGACUAAAAAUAUUUCCAUAUAACGUCUUCAUUUUAAGGAGAAGGUGGGGGUGAACAAAUGGAACUGGUACAUGUUGGUGUGCAUCAUCCCUUACUGGGAGGGCUGCAGUUUUCUAAUCCAAUGUAAUUCUUGCCUGGAAGAAAAAUACCGUGUUGAAGUGUUCAUUGCUGAUCUGUUUGUUUUGAAUUGUUUCCCUAAUGAUUUUAUUUUGUGCUCUGUUACCGGAGGGAUCUUUGACUGCUGGAUACUUUCAUACUCGCAAAUAGAGUUUAUUAUUAUCUUUACAGUUAAUCAUCCAACCUUCUUUCAUCUGUUCGUCACGUUAAUCUCAAAUUCUAGAACCCAUUCCUUCUUUCGUUUCUUAGUACUUUCGUUCUCUCUAUUAUUUGUAUGUUUCCUGUUUGUUUUUUCAUAAACCUCUUUUCUUGUUUUUUUUUUCUUUACAUAGGCCAAGGAGAGGGAGAGCAAGUGAACCAGCACGGAAUGGAAGACAAUGAAGAACAUGGCGGCGAUGGUGGUAAAAAUCUUUUAGGUGUCAAUUAA